GCCCCGAUGUGUUGGUCCAUCACUAUCCCCACACGAAUGCAAAGUGCAAGGUUUUCCUGCAUUUUCCAAUGAAAAUGGACGCCGACAGCAGUGGAGCUGUGCACCGAGACUCCCACGGCUCCAGGUCGCAAUACCGGCGCGAAAGGGAAAACCAUGGCCGGGCAAGGGACAAGGAGCGGCCAAGGGAGGAGCACAAGGUGCCCUACUUUGCGGACGAUGUGCGGGAACAGGAUCGAGUGAGGAGACUGCGCCAAAGAUCGCCCCGAUCCACCAGACGCUCCAGCCCGCGACCGAGAGCCAGAUCUAGAUCCAGUUCCAGAUGCCGAUCCCAGUCAUCCGACCGGGAGAGCAGGCACAGAAGGCAUCGCCGCCGCUCGCGGAGCCGGAAUCGCAGCCGGAGUCGCAGCAGCGAAAGGAGACACCGGCAAAGGAGUCCUCAUCGGUACAAUCCGCCGCCAAAGAUCAUCAACUACUAUGUGCAAGUGCCAGCACAGGACUUCUACGGGAUGUAUGGGACAUAUGCCAUGGGGCCACUUCCAAGGUUUGGAUACCAGCGGCCGCCAUCACGUCCUCCACCGUUCCCCUCUGCCAGCCACAGAUUCCGGCAUCGUCCACCGUUCCUAGGAGCGCCCCGAUUCGGCUACAGAAGCGCGUGGCAGCAACCACCUCAUUAGACAGACUCCUUUCGACAUAAUUACAAAUUUAUUUACAUUCGUGUGUUUUGUACAUUAAAAUAAUAAAUACAUAUACUUGGAACUAAA